GGUCUGCGCUGAGCUGGGCUGGCGGAGGAGGCGCGUGCGCUGCUGCAUGGAGCUGGUAGCUGGCUGCUACGAGCAGGUCCUUUUUGGGUUCGCUGUACACUUGGAGCCCAAGGCGAGCGGCGACCAUGAGCAGAAGUGGACUCCUGUGGCCGACUUCACUCACCAUGCCCACACGGCCUCCCUGUCAGCAGUGGCUGUCAGUAGCCGUUUUGUCGUCACUGGGAGCAAAGAUGAAACCAUUCACAUUUAUGACAUGAAAAAGAAGAUAGACCAUGGGGCUCUAGUGCAUCACAACGGCACAAUAACUUGCCUGAAAUUCCACGGCAACAGGCACUUAAUCAGCGGGGCAGAGGACGGCCUCAUUUGUGUCUGGGAUGCAAAGAAAUGGGAGUGCCUGAAGUCGAUUAAAGCUCACAAAGGACAUGUGACCUUCCUUUCCAUUCACCCGUCUGGCAAGUUGGCCCUGUCUGUGGGUACAGAUAAGACAUUAAGAACAUGGAAUCUUGUGGAAGGAAGAUCGGCAUUCAUAAAAAACAUAAAACAAAAUGCUCACAUAGUGGAAUGGUCCCCAAGAGGAGAGAAAUACGUAGUUGUCAUACUGAACAAAAUAGAUGUCUAUCAGCUUGACACUGCAUCUGUCAGUGGCACCAUCACAAAUGAAAAGAGAGUAUCUUCUGUUAGGUUUCUUUCAGAAUCUGUCCUUGCAGUGGCUGGAGAUGAAGAGGUUGUAAGAUUUUUUGACUGUGAUUCACUAAUGUGCCUCUCUGAAUUUAAAGCUCAUGAAAACAGGGUAAAAGACAUGUUCAGUUUUGAAACUCCAGAGCAUCAUAUUAUUGUUACAGCAUCGAGUGAUGGUUUCAUCAAAAUGUGGAAGCUCAAAGAGGACAAGGGGGUUUCCCCGUCUUUGCUGUGUGAAGUAAACACUAAUGCCAGGCUGACAUGUCUUGGAGUGUGGCUGGACAGAGUGACAGACACGAAAGAAAGCCUGCUUCCAGCUGUAGAACCACCUCCUGUAAGUAAACAAGAACAGUCCAAAAGGAAUAAAAAGGAAUCUGGCCAUGAAGUCCAGGAGGAAGAAAGGCAGCUAAAACCUGACACGAAGAAAUGCGGUUUAACUGGUGACAGUAAUAAGCCAACAAAAGGAAGCAGCCUGGUGUCAACCAAGAAGAGGAAAACAGUAGAAAUGUUAGGAAAAAAGAAGAGAAAAAAGAAGAAAAUAUGAAUGAUGCAGUGAAUCCCAGAUUUCUCCUAAGAGAAAAACUUUUUCAAAUGUACUUUUUUUUUUUCUGAGUAAAAGCUAGGAAUUUCUUCUUUUGAAGAAAAUGUACAGCUUAAAAAUCACUUUCAGGUUUUUGUUUUUUUAAACAGUGGUAAAACUUUUUGAUAGGCAAUAUUUUAUUAAUUGUAUAUCAUGGCAAUAUAUAGUAUGUUAAUGUGUAAUAUAUAAUUUUUACUGUUGUGUAAAGCAAAGAUCUUUCUCAAAUUAUUACAGCUUAAAAUAAUACAAAAUCUUGAACACAUUUCUUUACUGGAAGUAGAUAAAGGAAUUGUUUUUCAGAUUUUUCUCCUAAGUGAGGGAAGAAUGAAAAACCUGCAUUACUUUGGCUUUUUCACGUGGUCCUCGUAAUUUUAAUGCAGAUUUUGUUCGUUUUGGUAACAAAAGAUACAAAAAGAUUUUCAGACCAGGGAGUAUGUUAAGACAAACUUAAAAAUUAGAUAUAUAAAAUAAAAUAUGUAUGUAUAAAGCAUAUGCUUAAGUUUAGGGCUAUGUACAUAAGAAGGUUAAAGAGAGGCUUCCAAACUUCAUGAAACUCUUCUGUUUCCAAGCAGUGGUUUGUUUACAAGGUAACUUAAGGACAAGAAAAUGACAUUUCCUUUUUUUAUUUUCCCAUCUGUUUCAGGGUAUCCAAAAAACUCACUUAGCUAAUCUUCUGACAAAGGUGGUCUUAAAACUAGCCGUUGAUGAUAAUCUUUUCUUACCUAGAAAAUUAAAGCAUUUUCCUUAAUGGAUUACUGGAUGUUUUGAAGAGACACAGCAGUAGAGGAUUCAUAGGUCUGACUUAGCUGGGAAGAUGUUAAAUCCCUGAGGCCACCAGGGGACUCCUUCCUGAUUAGGCAAAAUGAGCAUCUUAACACUUGGACACUAAAGUGCCGCUCACUUCAUGAGAGGAAAUCAUCAAGGAAACGAACCAAACCAUGUUUCUGACAUUUCCAUCUACCUCUUUGUUGUCUUACUUCAAGCCUGUAAACAAAGAUGAAUAUAGGUUUGGUUAUUUUGUUUUUGAGACUUUUUUAUAGCUGUUUUGGGUUUAUAACAAUAUUGAGAGAAGGGACAGAUUUGCCACUCUGUGUUCUAUUCAUCUCUCCCCAUCUCCACCACUGAUAAUCACUGAGCUUUUUAUCAUCUCUGACGUUCUGCCUUUCCCACAGUAUCAUAUAGUUAGAAUCGUACAGUAUUGUAGCCUUUUCAGAUUGGCUUCUUCCACUUACUAACAUGCAUUUAAGCUUCCUCUGUGUCUUUUCAUGGCUUGAUAGUUCAUUUCUUUUUAGUAAUGAGUAAUACUCCAUUGUCUGGAUGUACCACAGUUUACCAUUCACUACUGGAGGACAUCUUGGUUGCCUCCCAGUUUUGGCAAUUGCAUAUAAAAUUGCUAUAAACCACG